AUGCCUGGUGUUAGUUUAAAUUAUCAUUCUUCUUUAUCUGUUGAUGAAACAACAAAUUAUUCUCAACGUAUUCAUCCUUCUCAACAAUAUUAUUAUCAUCAAUCAAUUGAACAACCGACUUUUUAUCCUUAUCAAUCUCAAUUAUCGUUACAAAAUGAUCCUCAACAAAGAUCUUCAUUACCAUCAGCCGAUACAAAAAAAUGUGAAUGGAAUGAACUUGAAGUUACUGGUAAUGUUCGAAAUUUAUCACCAAUGUUAUGGACAUUAUCACAAUUAACUGUUUUAUAUUUAAAUGAUAAUCAAUUAUCACGAUUACCAUCUGAAAUAGCUUGUUUAUCAAAUCUAGUCACACUUGAUUUAUCGAACAAUAAAUUAAGAAAUUUACCAUCAGAAAUCGGUGAACUGAUAACAUUACGUGAAUUAAAUUUAACAAAUAAUAGUAUUCGCAAUUUACCUUAUGAAUUAGGUAAAUUAUUUCGAUUGCAAAGCUUAGGAUUGAUGGGAAAUCCAUUACCAGCUGAGAUUUAUUCGAUUUAUACUGAUUCAAAUGGUUUACAAAAACUUUUAACUUAUUUCCUUGAUAGUCUACCAUCAUCUCUUAAUGGUAUAAGUAAUAAACAAGAAAAAAAUUUUCUUUUAGUUUUAAUUAAAGAUCGUCAAGAGUUUCUUUUUGUUCUCUCAUAUAUUUUCAGUUAA